AUGAUAAAUCCAUGGAGUGUAUCACCAGAUUCUGUACAAACUAUUAAAGAAGAAAAUGUAAUUUAUGAAUAUGUUGGUCGGAAGAAAUAUAAUUCAGGAAACCUUUUGGGUGUUGUUGUUCUUUCAAUACUGUUUGGAAUCAUUUUGAAUGGUCUUGGCAAGAAGGAAAAACCGAUAGCAGACUGGUUAACUUGUUUGUUUAAUAUCCUCAUGGAAAUAGUACAGAUGAUUGUAUGGUAGGUGUCCAUCUAUACCUUUAUGGAGAGGUCAUUCAUGUCGUUGCAUGGAAAUGUCGGUAUAUUCUCCGGAUAUGCCUCAUGACAAUGAAGAGAACAGCGCGAAUAUAGAUAUUAUUAAAUUCCAAUUAAUUCUGAAGGCUUGCCGAAAUAUUAAAGUUUAAUUGAGUCUAAAUUUAUAAGCUGAAUAGAAGUAAUUGUAUUUAUCCAGAGAACUUUUCCUGUAAAAUCUAUAAUUAGUGGUAAUAUUGACUGAACCCAUUUCUUAUAGGUUUUCGCCCAUUGGUGUUGGCAGUAUAAUUGCAAGCAAAUUAGCAGCAAUGCAAGACAUUAAAGGGACAGCAGAAAAUCUUGGGCUAUUUGUAACAGCAGUAAUAAUUGCAACUAUCCUUUACGGAGCCGUUAUUGUAACGAUCAUAUAUGUCAUUUUGUCGAGACGAAAUCCUCUUCGACUUCUAAGUUGUACGGCCAAAGCAAUGCUUACUAGUUUUGGCGCCUGUUCGAGGUGAGUUUUAUAAUAAAGGCUGUCAUUGCAUGCAUAGUUUUUCAGCUUUUUAUACAUUCAUAUACAGGAGCCAAUUAGAUAUAUGUUGCUACAUGCGUUUAAUAAUUCUACAUGACCAUGAGAAAAAUUGAAAAGAAUUUAUAUUAGUCGGGACUAUUUAACACUGUCUGGUAUUGGCAUAUAAUUAUACUGCCAUGCAUACAGCGUGUAUAAAAACUGAAGUAUAGACAAUUUUGAAAAGGCUCUCAAUUUCACAAAUCCAAUCAUUUCAUGAAAUUUUUGUUAAGUAUAGAUUGUUAGGGUACUUGUAUAAUACAGAAUAAACAUUAAGUUUGGUAAAGAUAAAUUUUACAGAGCAGGGGCGGGGUGUCUUUUUUUAGCAGCAUUAGAAAUAGCUUGCGUGCGAAAUUUUAACCACGCUUAAAACGCAUUGUGAGUUAAUGGACGAGAAAUUUGUUAUAUGUGUUUAUCAAUGGUCCAAAUAUCAGAAAAUUUACUCAAUUUUAAGUCAUUCAAAUAGCAGCUGAAAUAUUUUUUUUGUGACUAAUUAUGCCUAUCACGCAUGCAUAAUUCAUGCCUUUAUCUAGUUUGCAUAUCGUUGUUUUACUUUCGUAUAGGAUAAACACCGAGAAUUAAGGAGGAAUUUAUGUCAGAUAAUGGUUCGAGGACGCGCAGCGUCUGAGUGCAUUAGCUGACAUAAAUCCCGACUUUUGAGGUGUUCAUCAUAUUUAAUUCAUGGUUGAGGUUGAGGUUUUCCAACAAAGUUUUGUCUGUUUUCGUCUGCUUUGAAAGACGAUUUUUCAGCUAAUUAAUAUCUUUUCAGCUAAUUAAUAUUCAAAGUGAUUAAUAAUCACCUCGGUACAUCAAAGAAAAUCGACUCAAUCAUGAAUUAAUUUACAAUAACAUUAUGCAAAUUAGGUAAAUGCAUGAAUUGACCAUGCGUGAUAACCAUUGGUGCCAAAAAAUGAAAGUUUCAGCAGCUAUUUAAAGGAUUUCGAAUUGUGUAAAUUUUCUGAUAUUUGGACCAUUGAUAAAACGUUAACAUAUAACAAAUUUCUCGGCCAUGAACUCAAAAUGCGUUUUAAACUUUUAAAUUUCCAGCGGAAGCUAUUUUUAACGUUCCUAAAAAAGACACCCCCUGUUUGGAAAAUUUAUUUUUACAAAAAAUUAUGGUUUAUUCUACAUUAUAAGUAUACCUAAACAAUCUAUAUAAAAAAUUUCAUGAAAUGAACGGACUUGUGAAAUUGAGGGCCGUUUCAAAAUUGUCUACUAUUUAACAGUUAUUCUACGAACUCGAGUCGAAUAUAAGCUGAUAGCCGAUGAGGCGCGUAGCGCCGAAUCGGCUAUCGGUCAUAUUCGACGAGAGUGAGUGGAAUAACUGUUUUAUUAUAUACACAAGGUCUGAAUUCACAGACUUUGCUUUUCGAAUAUUUUCAAUAUUUUUCUAUUUUGUUUAUGUUUUUAUCUUCGCUCUUUCGGCCAAUUAUUUUUUCAAAAAUAUAUAUUUUCAACCAUUUUAAACAUUAAAAAUUUAUUUGCUAACCUGAAAACAAUUUGUGGGAGUUUUUUCAUUGUGUUUUUAAUCCUGUGAAGGCUAUAAAAAGCGACAACUUGCCGUUUUCUCGUUUGCAAAACAUCGUAAAUUCAGUUUGGCCGCCAUUUUGUUUUUCUCUACUAGCAGGAUAUGAGCUAAUAUCCUGCUAGUAGAGAACCAAUCAGAUUGCAGAAUACCUCAUAUCCAGACCUUGUGUAUAUAAUAAUUUUUUAUAUACCCUGUAUAGGUGAUAGAAUAGUUUCUUGUCCAAUUUGGUAAAAACGAGGACGACAUAAUUUUUUUCAAAGGCGAUCAAAAUUGUUUAGUCCGAAAGACGAGUGCAUUUCAUAUCCAGACAAUUGAGUUAUUUGAUAAUAUAAAUCUCGCUUGACUUUCAGAGGCCAUAAAUCGCUACUAUGUUGAUAAUGACUAAAACUAUUGUAAGGCGGAAUAAUUAGUUGAUAUUGUUUCACUGGAUCGAAUGGUGGAAUUAUUGUCUUCAUAGCAUGCACUAAACUCAAGAUAUGAACAUAUGAACAACCUACGAUGCUUGGGACUGGGCGAGAAAGUGUUUUAAAAUUUAUUUUAGUCGUUUACGUCGAAAUAGUACAGUUAAUUUAAUAUUUUCUGGGGUUUUUAAAAAAAUGUUGCUGUAUCAUGGAUAGUUUAUACGAUAUCUGGCUUUAUACGAUAUGAGGAAUGAAAAAUUUAUGGUUCGAUGGUUGAAAAAUCAACCAAAAUAGCCUCGAUUGCAAACGAGCAAUUAAUUGAAAAACUCACGAGUAUUAGAGAGUUUAAGCUUCGCGUUAUACGUUAUACGUCAAACGGUAAAGGCCAGGCAAAGAAAAAUUUUACGGUAUCGACAAAUGAGUGGUUAUAUAACAUGGACAGUGGCUUAAUCAAUGGAGUCCUGUUCUUGGACUUGAAAAAAGCUUUUGACACUGUCGACCAUGAAAUCUUAUUAAAGAAACUUCACCUAUACGGCAUAAAAGGAACUAUACUUACGCAUGGUUUGAAUCUUACAUCCAAAAUAGAAAAUCGAUUUGUUUAAUGAAUGGGAAAAAAUCACAUGCUAGAGAAAUUAGGUGUGGGGUACAACAAGGUUCUAACCUUGGCCCCAUCCUAUUGCUCUUGUAUAUUAACGAUCUACCUAAGUGUCUAGAAACAACCAAGGCAACUUGUUUGCUGAUGACACAAAUCUUUCGUGUGCCAGCUUAGAUGCCAAUGAAAUUGAGACAAAACUUAAAAGAGAUCUUGAGAAUGUUCAUAGUUGGCUUAGAUGUAACAAACUCACGCUAAACGAUAGCAAAACGGAAUUUAUGAUAAUUGGCUCUAGACAUCAUCUUACUAAAUUUGAAGACAACCCAGAGAUUUCAUUAGCCAUACGAGAUAAUAAUAUUAAACGGGUCACCAACAAAAAAUCUCUUGGUUUUAUCAUCGACGAUCAAUUAAAGUGGGGUAUACACAUUGACGCACAAUGUAAAAAAAUCUCAAAAAAUAUUGCAUUACUAAGAAGAGCCAAGUCCUUUGUUCCUUUACACAUUCUAAUCAAAAUGUAUAAUGCUCUAGUAUCUCCUCACCUGACAUAUUGCUCAACAAUAUGGAAUAAUGGAUCUAAUACCAUUCUUAACAAACUCUCUAAGUUACAAAGAAGAGCAGCUCGUGUUAUUACAGGACAAUCAUACGAUGUUCGUUCCACUCAAAUACUAGAAAGUCUCAAUUGGAUGCCAAUUGAAGACAUUUUAAAGAAAAGAGAAAUCAUUAUGACGUUUAAAGCUUUAACUAACAGACUAUAUCUAAUUAUAUGUGCAGAAUUUCUUCACGAGAUGCGAAAAUAGUAAUUAUUCUCUAAGAAGCAAUAAUGUUAAACUAUCUUUGCCCAAACCAAGAACUAACUUUCUUAAAAGAAGUUUCUCUUAUAGAGCAGCACAAGGGUGGAACGAAUUAUCGGAUGAAGUAACUAAUAACAUUCAGGAUUUAUCUUUACCCGAUUUCAAACGACGUUUAACCCUUAAGCUUGAACAUGAAUAAUUUAUAAUGCAUUUCCGAAAUUAAUGGAGUGUGUAAUAAUUAUGUGCUGUAAUUAACUGUAAAUAUCCAUAGUUAAUGUGUGUUUAAUACUAUAUAGCACGGCCCUUUGAAAAACAGACUGUAUAUAUUAUACUGAAUAGGCUACCGUGUUAAAAGAAAUUUUAUUAAAGAUUAAAGAUUAAAGGCAAUAAAGAGCAAAUAAAAUUGCUGUUUUAAAACUGAAAUACAUAAUUUUUCUUUCGACACAAGAAAGAAAAUAUGAAACGAAAACGUUCAACGAAAAUUUUGCUAAGAAAGUUCGAACCUGCCGUUUGCCGUUCCUGGAAACGUAAAGCUUAAACUCCCUAUCUGCUUUUCAAAAUUGUGCGAAAAAAAUACAUAGCUAUAUUUUAUUGAAUGGUUUGGCCGAGUAUUUUAAGAGUUUCGAACGUAUUUUUCCGAGACCUGAACGGGCGAGGAAAACUGCGAGAAACGAGUAAAAUGCUACUCAGGAUUAUAUGUCGGACCAUUCAAUAGGAUUUUUAUCAUAUGCAUGACAAACCUGAAAAACUGAUUUCCAUGUCUUUUUUGAAGGAUUUACAUGCAUGCGUUUAACGCUGUAAACGGCUAAGAAUUUUAGAUUUUCAGUUGUACGUAGUUAAUGAAAACAAACAUCAUAAAAUAUUGUUACGAAGUUUGAUACCAAACUAGGAACAACUUGACUCUGACGUCAUUGUUCUUGAAUGUGGUUGGAUAAAAUAUCAAAAACAAAGAAAACCUGUCAACAAGUUUUUUAACCAACUAAAUCUUUAUCUGCCACAAACAAGAAAGCUGUUUCGAGUUGACUAUAUGAAAUGGUAUAUGCCGAUUAAAAGUUCUUGAAAAGGUGAAUUAAGCAGAUGUAUAGGUAAUGUAUGAUUUCGAGUGCAAUUUGGAAAAAAAAACAUGCACGAGUGAGUUUUUCAAAGACUAUCAAAAUUGUUAUCGCCCUGGUAUAUAGUGGCACAUUAUAUACGAUAAAAUUAAUUAACAUUGUUCUUAUAAUAUAUUUCAGUGGUGCAGUCAUACCUCUCACUUUAUCUUCCUUGAAAGAAAACAAAGUGGUCGAUAAUCGUCUAGCUCAAUUUAUGCUGCCUAUUGGAACAGUAUUGAACGCUCCAGGCACAGGAAUGGCUAUGGCUGUUUCUGCCGUGUUUAUUGUCCAAACUUUUCAUCCUAGUUUAUUAAAUUUGACUUCAAUGAUCAUUAUUAGGUAAAUGUAAUAAAAUACAAUGGUAUUUUAUGUACUAUACUCUAAAACACCUUGGUUAUUAAAAACAACAAUAUUUUAGUUUGCCAAUCAUCUGGAUUUCAUUAACAAUUUUAUCACAAAGCAAACUGAGGGACAUAAAACAAGGAACAAACUUUGAAUUUUACCCCAUUAUUGUGUGAAUUAUACUGUCAGGAUGUUUAUAAUACUGUAUAAAUUAUAACUUUUUAGUAAAACUAAUUCCACCGGCUUGGCCAGAAAAUGUAUAAUUUAUAUUAUCUGUUAUUAGUUUAUCAACAACACUAGCGACACUCGCUGCCCCACCUUUCGCUGGAUCUGUAACUAUAGCUGUACAGGCGAUUGUUUUGCAAGUCAUUGGAAUUCCAGCAGCAGAUAUAGGAUUGCUAUUUGCCAUUGAUUGGCUUACGUAAGUUAAUUUUACAGCUAUUUUAAUAAUGGUAUCAUGCACACGCAAUAGUCAAACGUAUAUACAAUUAUGGCGCGAACAACAGUAUAAUGGUAGCCUAUUAUUGGAUUUACUGGGUGUACUCACUCGUCACGAAUUUCGUCACGAGUCGUAAAAACGCAAAAAUAGUACCGGGUAUCAUCUCUUCUGAAUUUAAGAACUUGCUUACAUGAAGUUUGCACUGCCUAGUCUUCAUAUGAUGUUGUGCUGAUGUGGUUCACGAAUUUCGUGACGAGUCGUAAAAAGGCAAAAAUAGUAUCGGGUAUCAUAUCUUCUGAAUUUACCUUUCCUGUAUAAUCCCUGCCGUAAUAUAUAUUGAUGCCUGUUCUUCAAAAAUGCAGUCUACAAGUAUACUUAUACUUCGGCAUUUUUUGCUUCCUUGAAUUUGGUAUCUUUAUAUAAAGAGUAUACUUUGGCAUUGAGCGAUUGCGCGUAUACAGUACGUUUGGCAUUGCUAGCUUCACUCUAGCUUCACUGAAGCUUGUAUAUCUUUAUAUUUCCCGAGUGCUCCUUUAUAUAUCGGUUAAACACUUGCAUGUCUGGUGAUAAAAUCCUAAAUAAGCCAUGUCAGUGAAUAUUCUAUACGGUUGUAUAGAAUAUUCAUGCAUCAUACAAUAUAUAUAUAUAUAUAUAUAUAUAUAUAUAUAUAUAUAUAUAUAUAUAUAUAUAUAUAUAUAUAUAUAUAUAUAUAUAUUCUGAUCAUGCCUCGUUCUUCAAAAACCACUCUGCAAGUAUACUUUGGCAUUGAGCGAUUGCGCGUAUACAUGAGUUUGCCAUUGCUAGCUUCACUGAAGCUUGCAUGUAUGUCUUUAUCAUUUAACGAGUGCUCCCUUAUAUAUCUUGUAUGGUGAUAAAAUCCUAAAUAAGCCAUAUCAGUGAAUAUUCUAUACGGUUGUAUAGAAUAUUCAUGCAUCAUGAUACAAUAUAUAUAUAUUCUCAUCAUGCCUCAUUCUUCAAUGAACCCAGUAUGAAAGUAUACUUUGGCAUUGAGCGAUUGCGCGUAUACAGUUUGGCAUUGCUACUUGCUAGCUUCACUGAAGCUUGCAUGUAUAUCUUUAUAUUUAACGAGUGCUCCCUUAUAUAUCGGUUGAACACUUUCAUGGUGAGAAAAUCCUAAAUAAACGAUAUAAACCUUCACCGACGUCCUUCAUUAAAUAAUGGGCCAUUUACUGAUUAUGUUAGCUUAAAAUGUUAAGAAUAUUAGCAUGCAUGCAACCAACAUGUAUAGUGUAAAAAACGCGAUAAGCCAGGAAUUUGGUUUAUGGCUAUAUGCAUGCACACAUCAGUGUUACAGUGAUCCGCUUACAACGAGAAAACGGAUAUGCCUAUAUACGUAUCGUCUUCGCUGCAGGAUUGUCAUAAAAUAUUGCGAAAUCCUGCAUUAAUCAAUUAAUAAAAUCAAUUGUAAAGUAUAUGCUUUUUAAAAAAUAUAAAACCAAUUUAACACUCAAAUCCGGAACGGUAACAAAUAUUAAUACAAUGAAACACAAAGCAAAGGCUUAGUCACCUUAGUGCGUUUCUGUUGCUUUCUUUUAAACAACUUCCUAUUCCGUAUUAUAUUAUCACAUAUAUUAUCUUCCAAGCAGUAUAAACAAUAGGUUUUUACCACUAACCUAUCAUAUUAACAUUGGUCAUUGGGAAUUGUAAUUUAAUAUACCACAAAUACGAAAUUUUUAUCAGAAAAUAUAUGCCUUCAUCUUAGCUUGAAUCGAGCGUAUUUUAAUUAAUGACUUAAAGUGCUUUCCAAAUUGAUCCGAAAUAUCCAACUUAUUUGAUUGCUCUUCCUUUUUGACUUUUUUUAUCAUGUUUUCCAACUUAUCUUGCAAAUUAUUUACCGCAUCGUAUUGCUUUGUGCCAUCAUCACUUGGUGUCUUAAAUUUCGCCGCUUCCUUUGUAUGCCCUUCCUGUAUGUUGUCAUUUUUUCAUUUACUUUCGCGUCAACAUUAUACUCGGUUACACCGUGCUUGCCGUAUAUACUCACUUUUUACGAUCAUAUACAAGAUUUCCAACAACUAUUUGUUGUAUUGUGUUGCCACUUGGCUGGCGCACUCUUAAGUCGUCCACGACUCGUGAAACAUUCUUUACAAGUUGUCACGAGUCGUGAAAUUUCACAGAUUUAACGAGUCGUACGAAUUUCGUGAAGUUCACCACUUGGCUGGUACACUCUUAAGUCCUUCACGACUUGUGAAACAUUCAUUACAAGUUGUAACGAGUCGUGAAAUUUCACGGAUUUAACGAGUCGUACGAAUUUCGUGAGGUUCACCACUUGGCUGGUGCACUCUUAAGUCCUCCACGACUCGUGAAAUGUUCCUCACAAGUUGUCACGAGUCGUGAAAUUUCACGGAUUUAACGAGUCGUACGAAUUUCGUGAAGUUCACCACUUGGCUCCUGCACUCUUAAGUCCUCCACGACUCGUGAAAUAUUCCUCACAAGUUGUCACGAGUCGUGAAAUUUCACGGAUUUAACGAGUCGUACGAAUUUCGUGAGGUUCACCACUUGGCUGGUGCACUCUUAAGUCCUUCACGACUCGUGAAAUAUUCCUCACAAGUUGUCACGAGUCGUGAAAUUUCACGGAUUUAACGAGUCGUACGAAUUUCGUGAAGUUCACCACUUGGCUGGUGCACUCUUAAGUCCUUCACCACUCGUGAAACAUUCAUUACAAGUUGUAACGAGUCGUGAAAUUUCACGGAUUUAACGAGUCGUACGAAUUUCGUCAGGUUCACCACUUGGCUGGGUGCACUCUUAAGUCCUUCACCACUCGUGAAACAUUCAUUACAAGUUGUAACGAGUCGUGAAAUUUCACGGAUUUAACGAGUCGUACGAAUUUCGUCAGGUUCACCACUUGGCUGGGCGCACUCUUAAGUCCUUCACCACUCGUGAAACAUUCCUUACAAGUUGUCACGAGUCGUGAAAUUUCACGGAUUUAACGAGUCGUACGAAUUUCGUGAAGUUCACCACUUGGCUGGGUGCACUCUUAAGUCCUUCACGACUCGUGAAACAUUCAUUACAGGUUGUAACGAGUCGUGAAAUUUCACGGAUUUAACGAGUCGUACGAAUUUCGUGAAGUUCACCACUUGGCUGAUGCACUCUUAAGUCCUUCACGACUUGUGAAACAUUCAUUACAAGUUGUAACGAGUCGUGAAAUUUCACGGAUUUAACGAGUCGUACGAAUUUCGUGAAGUUCACCACUUGGCUGGGUGCACUCUUAAGUCCUUCACGACUCGUGAAAUAUUCCUUACAAGUUGUAACGAGUCGUGAAAUGCUGCUGUAUUGGACAACCAUCCACGAAGCCUAAAGUUUAUCAAUAAUCGCGAGCGCAUGGCUACAUGCAUGCAUGGGUGGUCAUCUUACUGCAUGAUCUCAACAACAUACCUAUUUUAUAUAUUUUAGUCGGUAGUCGUAUACUUAAAAGUGUAAAAUAUACUUUUAUUUUUGCCGUUUUAAUUAAUUGUACAAAAAAAAUUAGAAAAACAAUAAUCAUGUUGCGAAGGCUAACUGCGAGCAACGUGAGCCCAUGCGUGCAAUGUUGGCGUAAUUAGGAAUUGUUCAUGUUGAAACAAUGUUUGGAAAAUAUGGGCGUGGAAUUGUUACAUGCAUGUAUUUCUAGCAUAGGCGACGAAACGGGUGGGCCUAGGGAGGCUAUAAACCCCCCAAAAUAGGGGGCUAACCCCCCUAAAAUGCAAUGGCUUCAAUUCCACUCCCCUGAGGAGAGGUUUGCGUAUAGUUCACUGGUGCACAUGCUGUCAUAUUUUCAAAAAAUGUUAUUGCAAUGCAAGUUACUCACCGUUGUUUCGUAUUUUAUUUAUCCAGAGAUCGCAUUGUCACUCCUGUGAAUGUUUGGGCGAACUGUACUGCAUUAGUAAUUAUUGAACGUUAUUCACAUGACGAACUUCAAUCAUUAGAUGACGCGGCUAAAUCGCAUGACGUUGCAUGUGUAGAUGCUAGCACAGAGUCUGUUGCUAUUGAUAUUGCAGAUGAAGAGGAAGAAACACGUGCAACAAAAACUACAGACAAUGAAAAAGACGAUGCUUUAAAAGGCAUGUAGUAAAACACUGACUACCGGAACACCGGAACACCACCGGAACACCGGAACACCACCAUUUUGUUUGGGGUUAGGGUUUGGGGUUAGGGUUAGGAUUGGGGGUUAGGGUUGGGGUUAGGGUUAGGAUUGGGGGUUAGGGUUGGGGUUAGGGUUAGGUGGUGUUCCGGUGGUGUUCCGGCGGUGUUCCGGCGGUGUUCCGGAGGUGUUCCGGUGUUCCGGUAGUCAGUGUUUUACUACAUGCCGCUUUAAAAGCAUGAGUAAAUUAGCUAUACUACAAUCAUGGAAAUUAAUUCGUAGACUUUUCAAAAAUUUCCCGAAUUUCGAUUUCCCCCUCCCCGUUUACAAUGUUGGUUUGUGGUCCAAUAAUCAUGGUUUGAAUCAACAUUGUACUAGGGGGAGGAGGGGCGGGAGUUACUAUUUGUAGCGAUUAUGGAUGUUUAUAUUGACAAAAAUAAAAUGGCUUUAAAAAUGGUAAGACAAGAUGCGUUUUAAAAAGUUCUACGGAUAUUAUUUCCAUGAUUGUCUAAAUUUAAAGACAAAAAUUGCGCGAGGAUAUUUGGAGAAACGGUGUAUAAAUCCUUAUUAAAGCUCUAAAGCAUGGCAUAUUCUACAUGUUAUAUAAAUAUUUAUGAGUUUGCUUCAUAAAAGUUCAUAGUAUUACAAAUAGAGAAUAAAGAAACUUACAUCAUAUAUACACUGUCUGCUUUUAUUUCUACGGCCGGAAAUCUCUUUAAUAAUAUAAUAAUCCACUGGGUAAUAAAGACUCUUUCGGGCAUCAUUAUACUGAAGGUUUUAACGUAAGAUUUAAUAAAUGAUCCACUGCAUAUACAAUUAGCCUGUAUUUACAAAACGUACUUCUGCGCAAUGACUGAUGCAAAUAAUCUUUGAAAGUUAAUAAUUAAAAGUUAAUAACUAACGCAUUGUUUUUUUAUAUAAUAACCUCAAGAAUUCAUGCGAUUUCAUUGGUCGAGAACCAUGAUCUAUUAGAGGACAGACGCACGGAAUUACGUCGUUAGUUUUUAAAAUGUCGAAAAUAUUUGAAAAUUCCACUGAAUUUAUACAAUUAAAUGAAUUAAUGCAAUUAAAUCAGUAUAAACAUCAAUAAAUACCUUCGAUAAAUGUGCAAAAAUCACUCACAAAUGCUAGCAACUCGGCAAAUCUCAAUUCAGUCAUUCAGUCAUUCAGCUAGUCAUUCAGCUGCGACUUGAAAUUCAAUCCGGUCUUCGAAAACAAAUACUAUUCGAGCGGUCAUUUGACCCUGUUGAUAUCACGUUUUCCAGCUGGUUUCUUCACUUUGUGCAACAUAGGCAAUGUUUAAGUGCUUUUCAAUUAAUCACCAUGCACAGUCGCUCAGAACAAAAUAAUUGCCUUUUUAUCACACGUUUUUAUUUCUUUAAAACAAUGUUUUUUCACUGUUUUGAUAAAAUUUUAGUUUUUCCUUAUGUAUUACCGUCUAGCGCUUCUAAGCUUAGUCAAUCAGAAUUCACGUGACUUAAGCGAGCCAAUAGUAUUUCGUUAUUUGUAUAGAUCAUGAACGCGUGAUAUUUGCAAAAUUUCGCCUUCCAAAUGUUUGGGGGGAUAAAAAUAAACUGUUUAUAGUCUGUUUACCUGUUUAAUUCGGGAAUUUUUUAAAUUUUAUUAUAUACAACAAAUAGAUUACAUUUUCCCGUUUUCUGUUCAGUUAUAGAUACACAGUAUGGACGUCAUAUGUGGUAAGAACAAAAAGUGACCACUCGCUUAGGCGGCUUGUGUAUCUAUAUAACUGAACAGACAAUGGUCGAAUGUAAUCUAUUUGUUAAAUUGAUACGGUUAGAUGUACAAGUAAAUUUCGAAUAUAUUUCAAGGAACUGAAAGGCAAACUUUAUGUCAUAACAUACUUAACAUAUUCAAACAGUUAAAAUUAAAUACUUUGAGAUAUCCCGUCGCUAAACAAUUUGCCCACACCCCCUGAUGCCCCAAUUACACAGAUCAGCAACCUUGCACAAGAUAAAUAAAGAAAUUUCAGUCAAAAAGUGAAUCAGGUGUUAAAAUAUAUACCUUUGUUUCGGGUCGAAAAUGACUAAGUGCCAUACUUUUAUAGACAGUAUAUGGUCUUGUCCAAAAGUACACACGAGUGACCACGAGUGACCACGAAUGACCACGAAUGGCCUCGAGUGAUUUCUGUGUUUAAACACCAAUAAAAUAAUAAUAAAAACUAUUUUAAGGUGGCUCCCUACAUUGCAAUUUGCUACUUUUGCGCUGAAAGUCCGUUACCAUGGCAACAGCGUGCUUAGGAUAAUUAAGCUCAAAAUUUGUCUUUUUCCGGCCAUUUUAAAAAUUCCCUUCGGUAAAUUUUUUUAAAACUUUGCAUAAAAAUAAUUUUCGUAUAAUAAUUUUUUCUUGAAUUUAAAAAAAUUCUAUCAAACGUUUUCUAGAAAAUUACGAAAACGUCACAAAUCAAUAUUGAAAAAUUUCCCUUUAGUAAAAAAUAAUAUUGAACUUGUUAAGCCGAUGUUAAGAAAUGUGCAAAGUUUUAAAAAAUUUUACCGAAGGAAAAGGGAGCAGUUUAGGUAUAAUUUUUGUCAUUUUUUGCGAGAUGUGACGUGUACAGUUAUCACAUCUGAAGGCCCUGUCACACUAUUGCGUAUGAGAGAAACGUAUGAGAAGCGUAUGAAAAUUAAUGAAAUAAUUUUCAUACGCACAAAAAUCCUUUGAAAUGCCAGCGUAUGAUCACCGUACAUCUGGCGUACCUCUAGCGUAUUCAGCGUGUGCCUAGAGUAUGCUUAUCGUAUAAAGCAUACGUCCGAAUACGCACAAAAUUUUUAAACAUGCUCAAAAAUAUUUUUUUGCUUCGCCGUAUGCCAGCGUAUGCCACCGUAUGCGACCUUGCUUGAAACGUAUACAACCUAUGUCUAACGUACCCCUAUAGCGUAUGUCAGCGUAUACCGGCGUAUGAGUGAUAUUUUUCAUACGCUGGCAUAUGUUAGUACGAUACGCAAUAGUGUGACAGGGCCUUGACGUGUACAAUAGUCGAAAAACGAAUGGAUUUUUAAAAUGGCCGGAAAAAGACAAAUUUUGAGCCUUAUCCUAAGCACGCGGUUGCCAUGGUAACGGACUUUCAGUACAAAAGUAGCACAUUACAAUGUUCAAGAGAGCAUUGUCAAUGUGUCCAAUAAACGUCGUUUUCAUGUCAUUAUAAAGUGCAGAAAUAAGAGUUUUCUGGAUACAAUAGUGUAGUAUAAUGCAAAAAAACUCUACAAUCGCGUGCAAAAAUAAUGAGACUUUUUCACGUUUUUGGGCAUUUUAAAGUACGUUACGUCGGUUGAAUUUUCUCUUUUCAGUCAUUCGCACAACAUUGAAUUGGGGGGUAAGGGGGGAAUUUAUGCGGUUGUCUCAAUAAUUUUAAUUUUUGCCCCUGAUCGUAGGGAGCCACCUUAAGAUAGUUUUUAUUAUUAUUUUAUGGUUUUUAAACACAGAAAUCAUUCGUGGUCAUUCGUGGUCACUCGUAGUCACUCGUGGUAACUUGUGCUCAUUCGUGGUCACUCGUGUGUACUUUUAGACAAGAUCAUACUUUUCUGUAUAUUAGUGAUGCAUGUAUGUAUAUUUUGAUAAAUGUUUUAUGACAUUGCAUUUGACUGAAUUAUUUUAUCAACUCAUGAUCAAUUUAGUUCAUAGGCGUACGAAAGGGGGUCCUAGGGGGUGCAGCAAUCCCCCCCCCCUCCCGCAAUAGUUUUUUGGUCGGGCAGUUUUCAGAUAAGUCUUAAGUAGGUUCCAUGCUUGUCUUGCCUUUUUUCAGACACGGAUAAUUUCGAACUUGCGCAAGUAUUUAUUUCUUUUUAUUCAUGAUAGAGGAGAUAAAUUAUACCCAAAACUGUCAAAGUUCGAUAACGAGCAUAAUAAGUGGUCAGAUUUGUUCGGAUAACUCAAGUGCAUGGUAAAAAGAGACUUGUAACUUACAAGUGUGAAUGUUUAGGGCUUUGCAGUCACUUAUUGUAAGAUUUAUUUCGCGUGGUCAAGUAAUUAUACAAUAUUACAUCACAUAAAAUGCUUACUUAUAGUUUAUAUGGUUAUGGUCUUAUAAGUCUAAGUUAUGAACAUUCGUAAAUUUGAGAAGACGAUGAGAAGACCAUGACUUGAGAAGUGCGACAAGUUAACGCCUUAUACAUUUGCAGAUAGAGAGCUGAUACGAGAGUUCAAACGUACACCAUCUCGACGCCGAUUGAAUGGAUUUCAAUCAGCUCACCUUUUCAGUCAUAUGGCCAAAGGACCAUAUCCCCUGGAGAUUUAGUAUAAAAGCGCAGCUUAUCUAAACUCUAGUCAGUGGAUGGAAAAUCAAGCAGAAACUCAGAACUAGGCAGAACAGAACAAAUUAUUAUCGAAUUUUAGUUUAUAACAGUGGAACCAGGACAAAAUAGACAUGUAUAAUUCCAUAUUUACUGAUUAUAUAUUUUGCAUCAUUAGUCCUUUAUUUUCUAUUUUCUGCAUUUAACCAUUUUAAGCUAUAAUUUUACAUUCCAAUGGAGAUAUUUUUGGAUGGUUCAUGUAGGUUUUGAUCUGUUGAUGUGCACUCUAAAACUUCUAUUUCACUCGGUAUUAAUAUCAAUUUCGAUUUGUAGUUGAAUACAUCCAAGGUAGCGAUCGUAAACGUCAAGAAAUUCAGCUGUAACUCGGUACUUUCCCUAAAGAGAACAAUCAAGUGAAAAUAAUACACAGACCUAUAUUAAAGUGCACUUCUUGUUUUUGUGAAUGUACUUCUCCCGUUUAGGUCUUCAAAAGUCUAUAACUAUUUCAGACUUUUUAGUCGAACUUGCCUUUAAUGGACAUUAGUCGAGGACCUGUAUAUGAGUUUGUAUGCAUUUCAUUUAGGACAGAUAAUCUCAACUGUUUUGGGGCAAGUUGACCAUGACGGUCAACAUGGUAACGCUGCCCGAACCCCAAUCAAGGGCGAAUCGUCCGAAACUGACCACACCCAAAAACGACGCAUUCGCCAUACCACUAUCUACCAAACCAUAAAAGCUUUGGCUAUUCUGAGGUGCUUACAUGGUUCAGAGAUGGUACUUUUAGGGCUGGUCAUUGGUAAGUGUGAAAUGCCUAGCAAUGAUAUUUCACAAGAAAAUGAGCAUGCAAUACUCAUAGUCAAACGUCAAUUUGUGACUUUAAUACAAAUUCAGAUAAACAGCAGUGGACCUACAUUACCUUUUUUCCUAAAUCUUUUUUACAGAAACAUAAUUGGUACUUAUUUAUGUAUAUUAUCACUGCUUUGGUGUAAAAUAGUUGAUACUUUGUGACCUAAAUAGUAAUUUGGCCAAAUUCUCCACUUUACUCCGCUGUUUAUCGCCGAUGUCGUUGAAAUCCUUCCAAAUAUGUACGUCAGCUCAGAUAUAAUGGUAUCAAGCACAUUUUAAACAAGUUUUAACUUGGAUUCAAGUAGAUCAUAGCUGUUUAACCAUCGACAAGGUAAAACCUCAACUUUGUCCAAAUUCGGCGCCAUUUUGUCAUCCCAUGUCGGUUGUCAACAAUUCGGCCUUGUUAUUCUUCCAUCCAAGACAUUUCCAUUCCACUGAUAACAAAUUUAACCCUUUGUAAGGGUAGGAAACUAAAAAAUCUAAACAAAAUAUAAGAAAUGCAGCAUUUUAUCACCCUGUAAAAUGUUGCUCACGAGUCUUUCAAAACAUUCCGUACAAAUCUCGCGUGACAAAGUAACAGGGGCAUGACAGGGGGAUGAAUUAUUUCACGGAGAUAGAAGGCGUGAAAUAGACUAAAAACUAAAUACAAUCAUACAAACGUUUGUUUUAUUUCUUGUAGCGACAAAUAAAUACAUAUUAUAUGAAUAUGUCAUACCAUAAAUUAAAUGUUGAUUGUUGGUCUUACCAUACACUGCAGCUGCUAUUACAGCGUGCCUUUGCUUUGCUUAAAACUUCAAAGUCUCCACACCCCCUGUCACGCCCUGUUACUUUGUACGGAAUGUAAGAAUGUUUUGAAAGACUCGUGAGCAACAUUUUACAGGGUGAUAAAAUGCUGCAUUUCUUAUAUUUUGUUUAGAUUUUUUAGUUUCCUACCCUUACAAAGGGUUAAAUUUGUUAUUAGUGCAGUGGAAAUGGCUUGGAUGGAAGAGUAACAAGGGCGAAUUGUUGGCAACCGACAUGAGAUGACAAAAUGGUACCGAAUUUGGACAAAGUUGAGGUUUUACCUUGUCGAUGGUUAAACAGCUAUGAUCUACUUGAAUCCAAGUUAAAACUUACUUAAAAUGUGCUUGACACCAUUAUGUUUGAGCUGCCGUACAUAUUUGGAAGGAUUUCAACGAGAUCGGCGAUAAACAGCGGAGUAAAGUGGAGAAUUUGGUCAAAUACGUCCAUUUGCAGGAGGUACGUAGGUAAAUUUCAAAUUAUUAUUUCGGUCACAAAGUGUCAACUAUUUUACACCAAAGCAGUGAUAAUAUACAUAAGUACCAAUUAUGUUUCUAUAAAAAAGAUUUAGGAAAAAAGGUAAUGUAGGUCCACUGCUGUUUAUCUGAAUUUGUAAGUCACAAAUUGACGUUUGACUAUGAGUAUUGCAUGGUCAUUUUCUUGUGAAAUAUCAGUGCUAGGCAUUUCACACUUACCAAUGACCACCCCUAAAAGCACCAUCUCUGAACCAUAUAAGCACCUCAGAAUAGCCAAAGCUUUUAUGGUUUGGUAGAUAGUACUAUGGCGAGAGCGUCGUUUUUGGGUGUGGUCAGUUUCGGACGUUUCGCCCCGGAUUGGGGUUCGGGCAGCGUUACCAUGUCGACCGUCAUGGUCAACUUGCCCUAAAACAGUUGAGAUUAUCUGUCCUAAAUGAAAUGCAUACAAACUCAUAUACAGGUCCUCGACUAAUUUUACAAAGACUGAAAAGACGUCAUAUUAAUUCUUUUUAUAGACAGUAGGAUCCUGCAUGAUAAUGCAUCCUGCACAAUCAUAAAUAUGCUAUAGUUUCGCAUUCUGGCAACGUCAAUUACUCCAAUUCCGAAUGAAUUUAUAGUCUUAGGGCAGAAUAGAAAUCUUCCUUUGUGCUCAACAUUCAUAGAAAUGUUGCUGUCAUCAAUUGAGGUUCAUUUUAUUACGGCAUCGAUCCUGUCAUCGUAUUACAAUAUAUCUUUGAUUGUAUGUUCCCUUAUUUCAUAAGUAUCUGACAAAUUUAUCCAAAAUUAAUGAUCCAACAAAAUUUAUCCAAUGAAUAAAUAAAUAUAUUAAAAUGAAUUAUAUUACACGCGCACUUAACCAAUCAGUAAUCGUUGAGAAGGUCACGUGCCGAUCCAAUAUUUUACGAUAUUGGACAGGAACCUAUUGGACAGUUGCGAAUUGUGGCUUUUUUCAUGGUUUUUCAACCCUUUUCAGAUGUUUUGUCAAUUUCAAACACACGAAAAACGAUAUGGCAGAAUAAUGAAAAGAAUUUGGGACAUUAAUACAGUUUUUUUCUACCAGUUUUGUUUAAAAUUAUAAAAGCGCGGGAAAACUUGUCUUCGCGAAAUUUAUUUGUUUGCAACAGCCUAGAAGUUAGUAAUAUUAUUUUUUCGUUAAAAUUAGGUCGAAUUUCCCAUAAACAUACAUGGAAUUAUUUAUGCACACAUAUAUUUGUAAAAACAGGUUUAUUAACUUUUUUUUAGUUAAGCAAAUUCGCCGCCGAUAUAUGUAGUAAUGUUGUCACUGUAUUAGUCUCGUUGUAUUUACUUUAUCGCUUAUUGACAAUUUUUGUUAUAGAAUUGUUUUGUUCGAUAUAAUAAAACUCCUCCUAUUGGAUUCAUCUCCGCCGAAUAUGGCAAAAUAUUAAGUCUCGACUUCAAUAUUAGGCUCGACCUUCGGUCUAGCCCAAUAUUGAAGUCUCGACUUAAUAUUUUGCCAUAUUGGGCUGAGAAGAAUCCAAUAAGAUAUACUAUUGAACUGCAACUUUAACCAAUCAUUAAUAUUUAAUAACGGUUUCUAAUAUCGGUAAUAUCAACAACAAAAUUACCGAUACCGAUAUUUCUAUUUUUGUACCGAUAAGCCGAUACACCGAUAUAUGGAUAUCGGUGCAUCACUAAUUUUUUCACUCUACCUGGUUCCCUCGUACGUUCUUGACCUUUGACUAAAGUAGCUGUGAUAUUUCCAGGUGAAACCUUUGCUAGAUGUAACACGUCAAGAAGAAGAACUACAUCAGCAUCAAGACGAACUCAAGAAAGUCUCGGACACAUUGGAUAAACUUGAGACACAGUACAAAGAACUUGAACAAACGCACGCACAGAUAAGCGAAGAGAAACAAGUGUUGUCGGAGAAACUGGAGCAAGCACAGGAGGCGUACGUCGAAGCAGAUGAGAUGAGACAACGUCUCUCCACGAAAAAGAACGAGCUUGAGCUGCUUUUGGAAGAUCUCGAAGCAAAAGUUGAAGAGGAGGAAGAUAAGGGCUUGAAACUUACCGAUGAAAAACGAAAUCUUCAACAGAGUAUCCUGGACCUCGAGGAACAGUAAGUUUGUUUGGUAAUAUUAACUAAGUGUAAUAUGUAGCUCUUACUGGACCUCUAGGAAGAACAGUUUAGAACUGAUAUAAAGUUAUCCAGUGUAAAUAAAGUUAGUUUAGUUUAGGUUUCCUUCGGUAAUAAUACUUUACCAAUAAGGGAUGCCUCUUACUGGAUCUCCGGGAAGAGAAAUUUCGAACUGAUAGAGCUAUCCAGUAUAAUUAAAGAUAGUUCAGUUUAGUUUUCCUCCUGUGGCAAUACUGAAUCUAUAUGGGAUUACCCUUACUGGACUUCGAGGGAGAACAGUUUAGCAUUGAUAGAACUGUACAGCAUUAAUAAAGUUAGUUUAGGUUUUCUCCUGUAGUAACACUGGAGCAAUAUGGGAUGACCCUUACAGCCUUACGGGAUUUCUAGGGAGAACAGUUUAGGACUGUUAAAACUAUACAGUAUAAACAAAGUUAGUAUAGAUGUUCGAUUGUUACAAAAAUCUCGAUGUGUUUUUGUAGACUUGAUGAGGAAGAAGCCACCCGCCAGAAACUACAGCUAGAGAAAGUGCAAUGUGAGGCUAAAGCGAAGAAAUACGAAGAAGAUUUAUUGGCACUAGAAGAUGCAAAUUCCAAGGUCAGUGGUACCUGCCCGACUUACUCUACGGGUGUUUUUUUUUAUCUGUUACCCUACAGAAGGGAUACAUUCUAGAUUAUAGUCCGUUGCCCACGGAAUAACAUGGACUAUAGUGUACCUAAAUGUCCGACAGCUCGCUAUAAGAAUAGUUUUAUUCCAACUAUGUGUUCGAAAGUUUCAAAACAAUAGCUUGCAUGUGAAUUUAAUAGUAAUGGUAAUACUGCUUGUAAAUAAUGAAUUUUAGUCUGCUUAUUAUUUUUUAUACUGUAUGUAUAGCCUGGUUCACAUAUGCCUGCGGUAUGCCUGCGACUGUAUCAUUAUGCCUCUACUUGCCGCCGAAAUACCGGCAAAGUUGAACUCAAGUCAACUUUCCCGGCCUACUGCCGAUGUAACUGUGGCACUGGAGGCAAUCGGCGAACAAAUAUUCACAUAAUUUACGUUUUUAAGCUACCACCGUCAUCGUCGCCGGUACGUCGCAGGCAUAUAUGUGAACCAGGCUUAUGUACAGUAUAUAUACAGUAAGACUUUAAUAUCCUAGGUGCGAUAAUUUGGGGCGGUGGGGAAGUGGUUAGCGCACUUACAGUACCUUUCACCUCUAAGGUUGCUGGUUCAAAUCUCAGUGAGAACUUCUCAAUGCGACUCGAACCCAGUCCUCUUGUGAAAAGAGUAAAAAGUCAACGCUCUGGCGAAAGUCGUGGAUUUUCUCUGGGUACUCGUGUUUUCUCCCACAGGGAAAGUUGACAGGGUGGGUUAAGUAAAAGGGCCCACAUUAAUGGACAACUUGCAUGUUAGACUAAAUUUUAAUCUAAGCAGAGAAAAGGGAAUCAAACACCACAGCUGAAAAGAACAUACUGAAAAUAGUAAAAGUGCAAAAUUUGGUUGCGAAAUGUUGUAAAGCUUAGAAAAUAUAGCCUUGCAAAGUUUGCAAAUUUUCAGUAUAUUUGUAUUACGAGCGGAAAUUGUUACCAUUUUCGGCUCAAAAAUGGUAACAAUUUCCGCACGUAAUACAAAUAUACUGAAAACAUGCAAAUUUUGCAAGGCUAUAUUUUCUAAGCUUUACAACAUUUCGCAACCAAAUUUUGCGAUUUUACUAAUUUUAAUAAGUUCUUAACGGGAAUUUACUUUUUUUGUGCCUAGAUCGGCUAGAUCAAAAAUUUGUCUAACAUGCAAGUUGUCUAUUGGCAUAUGCUGUUGUGGUGACCCUGCCCUAGUUGGCAAAAGCUAAAUAAAUAAAUAAUGUGUUAAUGUUGUUAUUAUUAUAUUACCGUAAUUUAGCAUGUAAUGCAUAUUAUUUAGCUCGGUAAAGAAAGGAAGCAACUCGAAGAAAAGUUGGCUGAAACUUUGACUUCAUUGCAAGAUGAAGAGGACAAGAGCAAGGGAUUGGGAAAAAUGAAAGCGAAACACGAAGCAGCGAUCACUGAUCUUGAAGACAGACUUCGUAGCGAGGAGAAGGCACGUCAAGAAUUGGAUAAGGAGAAAAGGAAAUUACUUGCUGAGAUCGCAGAAUUACAAGAACAACUUCUUGAAGCGAAACAAAGGGUAAGCCGGGCUCACGUUUGUUCUCACUUUAGAUUUUGGAAGUGUUCCUAAAUUUUGAGAGCAUGUACGCGCCAAUUACCCAGAUAACGCUUCUGUAUGCUCGCCAACAAUAGACUAUGCGUACGGUUGUUCCACGCUUUACAACCAAAUACAAUCAAAUUCAUACCGACAUUUCAAUGAAAUAUUUUCACAUCGAUACGGUUCUCAUUACCUGUAUCAAUCGAAACAUGCACACACCACGGAUCACUUUACUUGCGACAGAAAUUGGGGCGAAUUCAGUCUUGUAAGUAGCAACACGCGAUUUUAUGAACGUACACGGCUUUCUAUAAAUAACAAGCCGCGUUCGCUUUAUUUUACCGUGUUCGCUUUAUUUUACCGUGUUUUUUCCCACUUUUGGCCUCGUUAACACGACCAACCAGCCUUCUAUCUAAAGCCACGAUCUUCCUCAACGGCCAGUAAACAACAUAAAUCAUAAGUAUUCUCUAGUUAUAAUCACUCCGCGUAUUUUCAGUUCUAAAAUGUUAAAGAUCGUGACUCAAUCUUUACGACCGUUACGACCAUAUGGAAACCAGGCUUAAGACUGUAAGUUGAUAUACGGAGUCGGAAAUGUGUAAUGUUUCAAUAAUGUUUACGGGUAUAUAUAUUAUUGUUCAUUAAGAUUGAGGAGCUGGAGGGUAUGCUUACAAAGAGAGAGCAAGAUGUGAAUGAAAGUAAUUCCAGGUGAGAAUCGCACAGUAAAAUUUUGUUGUCAACUUUCCACGUCAUUAAAGUAAUUAUUAAUCAAGAUAUUAAAACAUCUUGUGGAGAGUUGCUUGUAGACAACAUCUUUUGGCAGUUUGUACCAUGCCGAAGCUCCCCGAUAGGAAAAGGAUUUCUUCAUAAAAUAAGAAAAUUUCCUGCGACGAUAUUUUGUUAAAGAGGUGAUGUAUGUAAAGUCCGUAAUGUAAACAAAAGCUUUGUUUACAUUUUGAACUCAGUGGUACAGUUGUAAACACUCUUCUGGUUCGCUAUGCUUGUAAAUGAAUACAGACUAGAGAUUCAAUUCAAGAAAGUUCGGAAGGUGCGAAAUAUUAAUAACAUUCCAAAGGUUGCUCCCCCACUGAUGGAAUGUGUUGAUGCGCAGAAUAUAUGCGCAGAACGGACUUUACAGCAUCUUUAAAAAUUUCUUGACAGCGGUGCUGCUGGCGCUGUCGCACUUUUUCUAGCGCUGUUCAAAGCCUUUCACCGCCCUCCUCAGUCCCCCCCCCUCUCCCAAGUACCUGGUGCCCCUGUACACACGCAAAAAUCUCACAUACUGUGGCAAGUCUGCCAACAAGCCGUCAAGAAGUUGUUUUCGCGCUGCUUAUCUCAAGACUCAAGUUGUCAACAAGUAUGGAACAACUUCAGACUUGUUGCAAAGUUGUUCCAUUAAGUCUGUUACAGUCAUGAUAUAACAAUAUUGUUACAACCUUGUGUCGUCAACCUUGUAGCAUUAUUGUAUCAGACUUGUUAGAACAAUUUUGUAACAAGUCUGAUAAUGGAAUAAAGCUUGUUGUUAAAAGUUGUUAACAGCUUGUUCCAAACUUGUUACAACAACUGGGAACAAGCAGUGCGAACACAACUUGUCAACAGCUUGUGAACAGAUUUGUAAUUUAACCCCUAUUGACCGUGUAAUGUACGUUGCAUUGUGAUCUGCUUGCAGGGUUGAUGCCGAGACAAACAAACGUCUAGAACUCGAAAGAAAUAUACGAGAAUUAGAAAACAAAGUUGAAGAACUCACUGAAGACUUCGAUGCAGAGAAAGCGUCUCGUUCCAAGGCUGAGAAACAGAAGAAAGAUAUCAGCGAGGUUUGUUCUAGCUUCGAUCAGUUCUUAACUGUUUUUCCUAGAGCUCGAGUGAAGUUUGCCUAACAUUACUGCAGAAGGGGGAAACGUAUCGCAACCUGGGAACCUAGUUCCCAGAAAUGUUUUUGGAUCUACAUUUUUACAGAAAUUUUCAGACAUUUUUUCAUGUUCGAUAGCUUAUUAUUAGCAUGACAAAAUUACUGGAUGCUGAUUGGGUAAGAGGAGUACAGUUAUUUCAUUAAGAGGUGAUUUUUUGGUAUGUUACGUAACACACGCUCAAAACUAAUGCGUAUAAUAUAUCACCUGAGGUUAUGACUAAAUUCAAAAUUUUUAUUUUUCGAUACGUUUCUCAAUCGGCAAACAAACUUAAAAAGUAUGUUUAGUGUUUUAUCUGUAAAAUAAUAAUAAAAUGAAGAGAUUUUAGAUGAUACGCCAAAGAGAAAAUGAUGUCUGAAGUUCAGUAAGUUUUGCUUAUAUGGCUGUAAAUAUGGCGUCAAUUUUAAAGCAACAUUGAUAAUUGUAUUUUAAUUGACAAUUUUUAACUAUUAUUUUACGUUUCUCAACCGGAAGAUGCAUUUAAAAAGGUAGCUUAAGCCAGGCGCACACACUGCGAUUUUAGUCGGCCGAUUUAAGGUUUAGGGGUAUGAUAUUGGCAAAUCUGGCGAUGUAGAUGAGCCCACAGAUCCUAUCACUGAUUGUUUUUGCUGAAAACAUCCAUCUAAACCUGAAUCGGCCGACUAAAAUCGCAGUGUGUGCGCCUUGCUUAAUUCUAUAAACUGGAGAAUAAAGCUAAAACAAAGUAAUUUUGAGAGGAACGCCAAAAAGGUUUUGAUUUUAGGUUUUUCAUUACAAAUACGUUACAUUGAAAAAAAUUGCCUCUUAAUUGUACUGCAGUACAAUUACUGAUUUUCCCAAAACAAACAAAUGGCGGAAAGUUACUUAAACACAAAUGAAAUUGCCCUAGAGGAACUUAAAGCAAAAGAACUAAAUGAAAAUACGAACAAAAACACCAAAUUUUUGUUGAAAGUCUGGUAGGGCUGGGCUUUGGCGAGAGAAUACGACGUUGACAUUUAGAAUUAUCCAAUUUUGUCAUGCAAACAAUAAACAAUUAUGUACACUUAUUCUGAAAAUUACAGUGAUUGAAUAUCUAAAUUACUAAAUACCUGAUUAUUGAAAUGAUUGAAUACCAAAUGAAUCUACUGCAGUAACUCGAUACCUAAGUUACAGCGGGACAGUUCGGAACGAAAACAUUCAUAUAAGCUGCAGUUGGAAAUUUGUUUUUAAUCCUUCAAGACUAACUACUGUGACUACUUCAGGAUUAAACUUGUUUACUACAUCUGUUUCGUUUAUCCUAGGAAUUAGACAACCUCAAAUCAGAACUAGAAGAAUCGAUGGAUACAACAUCAGCAGCACAAGAAAUGCGAGCCAAGCGAGAACAAGAAUUAGAUUCAUUGAAGAAAAGUAUCAAUGAAGAAUCAACCGCACAUGAAGCUGCCAUGUCUAACCUUCGUCAGAAACAUUCACAUCUCGUUGAAGAACUCAACGGACAACUGGAGAGCACUAAGAAGGUAAAGCCUGUUUCAAACGUCGCAUGUGUCGAAUUUAAUGGGUGAUUCCAGUUAUGGAGGAAAUUUUGAUCUACACAAGAAGAACGAAAUCCAACAUCACACCCAAAAAGAGCAUCUAAUGAGUAAAAUUGCAACGUUUGGUUGCGAAAUGUUGUAAAAUGUGGAAAUAUAGCCCUGUGAAGUUUGUAUGUGUUUGUAUUACGCGCUGGAAAAAUAACCAAUUUUGAGCGGAAAGUGGUUAUUUUUACCGCGCGUAAUGCAAAUAUGUACAAAAUUUGCGAACUUCACAGGGCUAUAUUUUCUUCAUUUUACAACAUUUCGCAACCAAACUUUGCAAUUUUACUCAUUUUAAGAUGCUCUUUCUAGGUGUGCUGUUAGAUUUCGUUCUUCUUGUCUAGAUCAAAAUUUCGUCCAUAGCUGCAAUCACCCAUUUGGUUGAGCACUGAAGACUUCAUGUGAUGUUAUUGAAAUGUCACACAUUGCUACUUCGGAAAAAGAUAUAUAGAUCUUUGGAUAGUUCUAUUUUUCCGACAAAUUGUGAAAACGGCGUAUAACGGCGAAUUCUUGACUGUUGCUAACACCAUGUAUUUUCUCUUUCAGGCAAAAGUGCAGCUUGAAAAGGCGAAAGCCAAACUGGAAGAGACGAAUUCCGAACUCGAAGAAGAUCUUCAAGCAGCGAGUAAAGCCAAGUCAGAGCUUGAACGUCGUGCGAAAACGCUAGAAAACAGUUUGAGCGAAGUGAAUGUUCGCCUGGGCGACGAUGAACGACAGGUUGCCGACUUGCAGUCAUCUAAAGCGAAGGCGGAGAAGGAGGUAGACACUCUUGUACAACAGCUCGAUGAGGCGGAGGAGAAAUGUCACAAUCUUGAGAGAGCGAAGACUACGUUAGCCGAACAGUUGCAAGAUGCACAGGUAAGAAAAUUAUCACAUAUCCUGCUGUAGGAAAUUUGUUUUUAAUCCCGUAAGACUGUAAGUACAAUGGAUGAGAGUGCAUGAGAUUUGGCAGUCAUGCUACUUUGGUUAGCUGUUCUUAAUGCUUUCCUAACACUACCAUGUACAGUAUUUAAACUUAUCAAACCUUUAUUUUGUCAAUGUUUAGCAAAACACUCAUCAAACUUUUAUUUUGUUAACCUAGAGCUUAAAAUGUUCUCUGAUAAUUUGCGACUGCCAACACUCAUUUUCGUUUGACCGGAAGUCUAAGGAAAUAAUUUAAGACAGUCUUAGAAUUAUUGUCAUCUUUUUUGUACUUUUUUCUUGGUCAAUUAGAUGAACCAUUUAAGCUCAGUUGCAAUAUACUGUAGAGCGUUUGCACAUGACGUAACAGUCGCCGUUUUGGUGUUCGAAUUCAAAAGAAUUUUAAUUAGACUCUUGUCUGGAAACCAACAUGGCCGCCAUGGCUUUUGUUGAGUUUGAUCGCUGGGGAAUGAGCGCAAACGCUUUAUACUCGGGGUUCCUACAGAACUUGAAAGUUCUUGAAUGUCCUUGACAGUGGUGGAAAAAGUAUCGGAACCUGGGAACCUAGUUCCCGGAAUUUUUUUGAGUUGAGAGAGUUUUGCAGAAAAUUUUCCAGAAAUUAUUUCAACAUUUCGAGAUAACUCUGUUUACUCAACUUACAAGUUACAACUAUUGUACUUUAUUUAUACUGUACACGCUAACAUCGGCAGCCUCUUAAAUAUUUGACAGAAAUUAAUUCUUUUACCCAUCCCUGCCAUUAGGUAAAAUUACCAAUAUAUGCUCUGCAAAGUCUCCAAUAAAAUGCAAAUUAAAUGGUAAACAAAUAAAAGUGAUGGAAUAAAUAAGAUUAUAGGACACUUAGUUAAGCGUUAAAUCCUCACUAGUUGGUCAUAACUCAUAACUGUGGUAUAUAACAGGCAACUAUUGCGAUGUACGAGCAUACGAAAACCAGCCUGAAGCCUAUUAUUACUAAAGUACAAAUAAUACAAUCAUUAUGCAUUUGUUUCGUUAUUUUUGUAAUUGUAACAUUGCAAAUUCGACGCAGGGCAAAUUUUUCCACCCCUGAUCCUUGAAUUUGAAAACAAAAAUUCAAGGCCUUGAAUAUCCUUGAAUUUGUAAGGAAGUACUUGAAAUUCCUUGCAUUCUUCCUUUAGUUUAUGGAUAUUUUCUGAAAUUGUUUGUCAUUCAAAAACGGACAUUUUGUUGAAUUGAUUUUGCAUCUUCAUAUCUGACAAAGCUGUUUGAAAUUCAUUAAAAUUGUGUUUUGGACAAUUCAACGUGACAUUGUGCUGAUUUCUAACGCCUUCAGUAUUUAGUGCUUGAAUUUGCUGAAACAUGGUUUUGGAUGUCCUUGAAAAUUCCUUGAAUUUGAGUCUUUCUGAUAUGUAACGAACCCUGUAUACUUUAAGUUCUUGUCAAAGGGGAUAUCUGUUAUUAAGAAUUAGCAUCAAUAGAAUAAACGCAGAUUAAAAUGAGCAAAGAAAUUUCCAGGAAAGAUUUCUUCUUCAUGGCAUGGUAGUUGUACCUAGUUCUUGGUUUUUAGACAAAAGCAAAAUCCCUGAUAAGUAAAAAUUUAGUAAUAUAGGUUCAAUCAGGCUUGUCAUUAUUUCAGGAAUCAAUCGCAGAUGAAACCCGACAGAAAUUAACUCUCAGCACAAAACUCCGUGAUGCUGAGGCUAGCGUAGAGAAUGCCGAAAUGGAAUUAAAUGGCGCUACUGAAGAAAUCCACAUACUGCAACAGAAGAACGGAGAACUACAAUCAUCGGUAUGGAAAUAUUUUGAUAAUUUUAUAUAUAGGUUUUGUAUUCUGCAGUAAUGUAUAAUGAUGAUAUGGUCAAUCCAGUCGCGAUCCAAUAAUCAGAAUGUUCCACUGUCUUUUCAUUGCUUUGAAAACCCCACUGUUCUCCAUGCCAUCCAGUCACGAUCCAGUUCAAUGUCUUUUCAUUGUUCGUAAAAUCCUACUGUUCUCCUUGCCAUCCAGUCAGACUCAUGAUCCAGUGAUCGGAAUAUAGCAUUUCUUUUCAUUGUUUUGAAAAUCACACCGUUCUCAAUGCCUCCGAACAUUCUACUGGCCUAUGCAGCGAUCUGAAUAUUUCAUUGUCUUUUCGUUGAUUUGGUAUUCCCUGUGCAACAGUUAAAUAACACAAUGAAAGAAAGUAUUAUAAACAGUAUUUAUUUAAUCUAGAUAUCAUCUAUCCAAAUCAACCUGAAAAAUAAAGACGAAGAGAUAGAGGAGCUACAUCUUAGCAAGAAGAAAUCAAGUAAAGAACUUGAAGCUCUUCAGACUGCGAUGGAUGAACUUCGUGCGAGCAACAGUAAACUGGAGAAAUCCAAGAAACGAUUACAGGAAGAGGUAAACAAUGUCGUGUUGUAAACAAUUGUAGAAGGCUGAGUGAGAGUGAACUUUAUUUAAAGGGAUACCGGCAAUAAAAGUUAACUUUAGAGGCAUUUAUACGAGACAAAAUAAGUCGCGCCUUAUGAUAAGACGCGACUUAAAUAAGACGCAAGUUUGUCGUAUAAAAGGUACAAAAUUCUUAUGUAAGACGCGUCUUGGAUAAAACGCGACUUAAAUAAGAACAGGAUUUUUAGCUGUUCUUAUUUAAGUCGCGUCUUAAAUAAAUCAUUUUGGAUAAAAAGUCUAACUACACAUGCAUGCCCGAAACUUGAAACAACGUAAAAUUAUUAGCCUUGCAUAUUAAAAUAAAAACAACCAAAACAACAUUAUAGCUAUAACAAGUAAAUAAGACUAGAGCCGUAAAGAACCAUUUAUACGAUAAUUCCGCUUAUAUAAGUCGCGUCUUAUGUAAGUCGCGACUUAUUUUAUUCCGUAUAAAUGGCCCUUUUGUCUUAUUUGAAAGAACUUUUAAAGUUAUAUAUUUGAAGACCCUUUACAACUUUUUGUAUCAAGCAGGGUAAAUCUGUUAAAACUUCUUCAUGUGGGACUAAAUUUCUUCGAAAAGUUUCUUAAAAUGUUUUGAGUUAAUUGAAUACUAAAAAGACUUCGGAAAAUCGAGUUUCGUAUUGAUAAUGACAUGUGGUUUGCAAGAUAAAAAUUUCGCUUUUUACCCAACUUGUGACGUAUGCAUAUCGAAUUCAUAUCCAAGAUGGUGGAAUGCACGCUGCUUUUGAUCAAAAUAAGUCGAUUUAUUUCGAAAACCAAGCAAGAUACGGAAUAAUUGUAAAGGAAGUUUAUAUAUAAUUUUAAAUGUUCUUUCAAAUAAGACAAACUUAAUUUUAUAUUGCCAUAUCCUUAAGCACGGAGGCCAGUCAUCCAAAUUGAGAUGAUCUUCCCAGGCACCUUGACAUAUGAAUUAUUUACAAUAUUUACAAGAGAAGGAGAAAUUAAAGCUAUAUACAAAUUAUUUUAUACUACAGUUUAUUUUUGAGUGAAGUGGAAUUCCUAAUUUCAGUUGGUAUUGCAUUCCAUACCACUGCUCCAUUAUAUUCGAGACUAUUUUUCAAAAAAUUGGUGUUUGGUUUAGGAAUAACAAAGUUGUAGUCAUGACCUCGUGUACCAUGACUGUGAAUUAAAUUCGCUCGAUUAAAUGGCCGUGAAAGAUAAGAUGGGCUUAAUUUGUGGAAUACUUUGAACAUUAGACAAGAUUUUUGUUCCAUUUGCCAAUCUACUAGUGUCGGCCAAUUUAAGUUAUUCGAAAUUUGGGUCCUGUAGACGGAACGUUCUGAGUUCAAAAACUAAUCCAAAAUGGCGGACAGCUUAUUGUUCUCAUUCAAAAUAUUUCAAGAACUAAGCAAUAUAUGAAAAAUUGGCAAAGGAGUUUUAUAUAUAAUUUUGAAGCUUCUACUGUAUGAACUGAAACAAGCUAAAUUUUUAUUGUACAUGAAUAUAUUGUCGCUAGGGUUACAUAUGCUGUUUGUAUUUUCUAGCUUGAUGACUUGAAUCUGACAGUUGAUAAAGAUCGAGGACGUGUUGUGGAAUUGGAGAAGAAACAACGCAAAUUUGAUUCGGUUGGUUAUACAUGAAUGCGCUUUGUUAAUCACUUGUCUGCGAUGUUUUGAAAAGUUGACAGAUUUUGACAGUCGUCAUUUCUGUUUGUUGUAGAUGGUCGCGGAGGAAAAAGCUGCUGCUGAAAGGCUCUCUGCUGAACGUGAUGCUGCUGAAAGAGAGGCCAGACAGAAUGAAACAAAGGUAUUACAAAUAACAAUUGCAUAUUUGAAUGAAAGCAUUAAUUCAAUCGACCUGCUUAUGGACACACCUCUAGUACGCUUUAAUACAGUUUUCCACUUCAACCAUAUCGUAUCGUAACAUUUUAUUUUGUGUCGAAGUCAUUUGUUCCACUCUAGCAGUCAGGAAACAAAGAAAUACGCUAAAUGUCAAGUGGAAAACGGCCUUUACGCCGCUUUGUUAUGUCCGUAUUAGAAAGGGCCAAAAAAUUAGUAGGUACUCCGUACAGUAUGUACAUCGAUGGCGCAGCCCACGCGAAGUACACGCGUGUCUUAUUACUCUAUUGGACGCCUUGUUGGCUUCAGCCAAUCAUACGGCCUUUUACCUAGAGUUAUCGUUCCAGUAUUUAUAGAGUUCACUGGGUCCAACUGUGUACCCAGGAAUAUACCAUAUGGCAUGGAUGCACCCAGCCAGAUCAACCAAGCUCAUAAUCAUUUGGAGCCUACGUACAGCAGUGUUCUGUAGAAUGAGCGAAACAUUGUCUUUGGAAGGGUUCAGGGGAAUCGUUGUGGUAAUGGUUAAUGAAAUCGGCACCCCACCCCAAGGAUAAGGGGUACCCACCCCCUGCACACACACACACACACACACACAUUCAGGAAAUCCAUCCCAUAUGGAAUCAGUUGCUUUAGUGUGGACUCUGACAGUUGUUAUUCCUUGCAGGUUAUUUCAUUGACUCAUGAGCUGGAAGAACUCCAAGACAAGCUGAGUGAAACAGAAAAGCUGAAGAAAACACAACUGGUAAUUAAAAUAUUUCCAUCGCCUCUGCUCAGUGACUUAAACUUGUUUUACAACCUAAUGUGUGAUAUGAGCAGGGACAUUUGAUUUUCAAAUCAGUUAUUCCAAUACUUAAAUGACAGUUCUUGUGUUUCUUUUAGAUGGAGCUUGAGGCCUUGAUGGAAAGCAAAGACGAUGUUGGUAAAAAUGUAAGUUCAAUGUAUUGUAUAGAAGAGUAUUUAUAAAGGUGGCUUCCCAACUCGAACUUUUUUAGAUAUAAAUAGUUUAAUAAAGUGUGACUAACCCCAAAUAUAAAUUUUGGUAUGUGUAAUAUUUGGGUCAUUCUGAGAAGAAAUGUAAUGUAUCUUUAUGGUAAAAAACCUCAUCCUGAUUAACUUUUUCAGUUCUAGAUAUGAUGUCAUUAGGUGAAGUUUUGGUACAAAAAAAAGGGAAAACUAAUUUGCAAUUCACCUAAUGACAUCAUAUCCGGAAACUUUGACAGUGAAAAAGUUGAUCGGAUUUUUUAUUAUAAAGAUAUAUUCUUCGAAUGACCCAAAGAUUAAACAUAAAAAAUCAUAUUAGCGGUUAGUCACACUUUAAUAAGCAAAUAAUACGAAAAACUAAAUUUGGAGCCAUCAGAGUUAAUUUUUCAGAUGCCUCCACAGCUAAUAUUCAUUUUCACGAGAAAACGUAGACUUUCCCGAAAUAUGGUUCUUUUAUCACAAAGUGAACAAUUUUUUUCACUUCAUAGCCUUACUGUUUGGUGAUUUUUCUGUAGGUUCAUGACCUGGAGCGAGCCAAGAGAACACUGGACACUCAAGUGACUGAAAUGAAAGCAACGAUCGAAGAACUAGAAGAUGAAUUACAGUUGUCUGAGGAUGCUAGACUACGUCUUGAAGUGAAUCUUCAAGCUCUCAAAUCGUCCCAUGAUAGAGAUCUCGCUGGCAAGGAAGAAAUGAGUGAGGACAAGCGAAGACAAAUGACUAAACAGGUGCAUUACUUAUUUGUUAUCAUAUAAAGUGCCUUGUUACUCUUUGGAACGUUUUAUAUCUGUUUGCCUUGGGGGCUUCAGAGAGUCGUCAGAGCAUGCGCCUUUCACCUCUGAGAUCAUCGAUUCCCGCUGCGGACUUGCUCAUGACAGUUAUGUGAAAAGAGUCAGCAGGGCUGCAAAUAAAUAUUUGACUUGACAGGACAUUUGUCCGAUCACUUUUAACUUUAACUUUAACUUGAAUUAAGUCGGACAAAAACCAACAUCACUAAAUUUGGUCGGACAUAUAUACGUCACAAGAUAUAUAUAAGUCACGAGACAAGUAUGUAUAGCCAUUCCGGCGCAACGUUAAGUAAAAUGCUAGAAUGCCUCGUAAAUUUGAUUGCCAAAUGCGAAUUGAGUGAAUUUGCAAUCGGAUUUUGUCAACAGCAAAAAAAUGUAUGUGACAAUUUUUUUUUUUGUGAUCGGACCAAUGUCCAAUCAAAAUUACUUUUGCUCGGACAUUUGCCAAAUUUAGUCGAACAUUGUCCGAUGUCCGACAGUGAUUUGCAGCCCUGAGUCAGUCGAUGCUCUCCCGAAAGUCGUGGGUUUUCUCCGGGUACUCCGACUUCCUCCCACAGGGAAUGUUGACAGGGUGGGUUAUGCCUAGCCCCUAACAUACCCUUCCACCGUAACUGGUGCUGAGUGUGCUCCGUGAUCAGACAUGAGUCAUAUAACGUGGCUGCCAGAGGCGCCCUUAGAAAAAUUGGUUUGCGGGAAAUUGUUCUAAAACUAGCUAUUAAUAGUUUGGCAUUUUAGCAGUAAUAGGUUGUUUUGAUAGGAAAGUAAUAGGUUGUUUUGAUAGGACGUUUUUUCCAACGAAAUGAAAGAUUCGCAGUUUUAGUAAUAUAGAUUUUUUCUUGGUUUUUCCAAAACAUUUUGGGCAAAAAAAUGAUUACAGUCGAAACCCUAUUAACGGACACUCCUCUUAAGCGGACAAACGUAACUGAAUGUGUAUAUGCUAAAUUAAAUUUUCAUAACAAUCAAUGGUGGAAAUUAAUUUGAAGAAAAUUCACUAGACAUGUAUUUGUUAAAUGUUUUGCAGUAUUUCUAUAUAGUAUAAACGCUAAUAACUUUAGCUAAUCUCCUAAAACAAACUUUUCUUUCUUUCUUUCUUUCUUUCUUUCUUUAACUUGUGUCUUCAACCGAUUGCAAGAAAAACUGUGUCCUCGAAACUUGAACUCGCAGGGAAGUUCCACACCUUAAUUAACCACUCCGUUGACACGUUUACAUUUGAUUACUCAGGGUGUUAGCCAGAAAAAAAGUUUUGUCCGUUCAACGUAAAUUGGGAAAGUUUUUUUGACCGAUCAAAGUCCUUGUGCAGGAAUAAAUAGUCUUUUUUUCCCCCAACGUGUUUCUCCUUAGAUGCAAACAACGGUAGCUUGGUUUUGUACAUUUCAUUUCCGGUGAAUGAACUCUGAAAAAUGCACCCGAUGGCACUUUGUUUUGUGUAUUUCAUUUCCGGUGAAUGAACAUGCACGGAUGUACACCGAUUACACUUUAUUUUGUACAUUUCAUUUCAGUGAAUAUACACAGUCACCCAAUAUGAAUGAAACGCGAUACAUUUUGAGAAAAUAGUUAAUGGGGAAAAGUAAAUAAAACGUUCUUUGAUAUACUAAUAUAAAAUCAAACGCAAUGCACUUUCUCAUCAGAAUAAAUGAAAAUCUUCCAGUACACCCAGUUGGGAAAGCCCCUUGGCUACUUCAAUUGGGAAGACUCCGUCAAACGGACAGUAUAUGGGCUAGCUAACACCCUCUUACUGCUGUUCCUAAGUUAGUUAGCGUUACCUCCUGUUGUGUUCGCUGUUGCAAGCCCUUAUUUAGCGGACACCCCUUUUAAGGCGGACAUGUUGGUGAGGUACCGAAUGUGUUCGCUUAAUAGACGUUCCACUGUAUACUGUGAUCUAACUUAUACCACACGACUAUUUUCUAUAGCUUCGUGAGAUGGAGUCAGAGCUAGAGGAAGAGCGAAAGGCGCGAGCAAGUGCACAAAAUACGAAGAAGAAACUAGAACUGGACAUUAAGGACAUGGAAGAGCAAUUAGAAGCUGCCAGUAAAGUGAAAGAAGACGGCAUCAGACAGCUCAAAAAAUAUCAACAACAAGUUAAGGAUAUUCAGAGAGAUUUGGAUGACGCGACAUCGUCAAGAGACCAGAUUUCUGAACACGCGCGUGAGAAUGAGAAGAAAUUGAAGAAUCUUGAAACUGAAUUCUUACAAAUGCAGGAGGUACGUCGCUGUCUUGUUAGCCUCCUAAGGUGGUUCCCUAUUGUGUUUUUUGGGCAAGAGGGAGAAAUUUUACAAUGUAGGGCGGAAUUUUUUAACAAUUGUUACUUGUUGAAUGGUAUCUGAGUUAUAGAAAAUACUACCUGAAUAGCAUAAAAUUGAAUUGCAUUCAUUUACAUUCGUAUGGAAGUCGAUUUCAGUUUGUUUGUCCGAAGUUUGUGCAAUAAAUAACAACCUUAUUAGAAACGUAUUAAAAAACUCCUCUCAUUGAAAUACAGCCAACCACUUCUAACAGGCAUCAUUGAUCAUCAAAAUCCCAGUUGUCUCUAAAGGUCUUCAUAUAUUAUUUUUACAAAUUCUUUCAAACGAGACGAACUUAAUUUGUAGUGCCAUUUCCCUUUAAUUAAAGAAAGGAAACUCGUCUAUUAUUAAUCCUGUUACGGUUAUGCCGUCCUAACACACUGGAAUCUUGCAAAGACGAGAAACUAAUAAAGAGUUGUUAAAGUUGGUUACGUCACGGUUAAUAGACUGAGAUGGGAGGGUACGCAUUAGUUUUUUUUCUCUCCCUUGUAUUACAUCAGUGAUCGUUUACCAGUCGAAAAGUCCUCGUUUUCAGAUGGAUGAUUCUUUAGCUUUCAGAUAUUUUUCAGUCUAUAAAUAGAGUUUCCCGUUUCUCGUAUGAUUUUGGAUAUUUUCUCACCGCGUCUAAAUUUGUGUUCAGGAUCUGGCGGCUGCUGAACGGGCACGCAAGAAUGUUGAAAAUGAAAGAGAUGAAUUGAUGGAGGAAUUAACCAGUGGUUCAACUUCAAGGUAAGUCGCUGACGUGAUGUUGGUGCCACAGUAAUUAGGACUGUGUUUAUCCAUGCGCCUAAUAUGUGAUGGGACGACAUUUAUAAACAUGACGUCUUCGAAAUGUUUAUUUGAGUAGCCAAUGAAAAUGCCGGAUUUAUAGUAAUAGACUCUGGUUGAGUGUACACUAAUAAGAGAUGGUCAAGGCAUGAAAUAGUUUAGAACUGAUAGAGCUAUAUAUAUUCCAUGUAAUGUAUAAUUCUUUCUAAGUUUCGCAAUCUUUAUACUAUAGGUUGAAAUUAUAUAUUGCAUUUCAGAUCCGCCCUUUCUGAUGAAAAACGACGUCUCGACAGCAGAAUUUCUGAACUCGAAGAAGAACUCGAAGAGGAAAGAGCACAGAAUGAAAUGCUGGAAGAGAAAGCCAAACGUUCACAACUCGCGGUAAACUUUUGCUUUUAUUCUUUUAUUAUUUAUUACCUCUCCGCCAGGAGGUUAUGUUUUCAUCUGGACUCUAUGAAUAUAACGAUCGGUUAUUUGCCGAACAAAACAAUAAGUGGCCGAUUAACUUUAUUCUGUACGGACAUGUUUACCGAUCAGAUAAAGCAUGCAGUUUUCAUUUAAACUGAAUAUACUGUUCCAAAAGCAUGCAAGAAAAAAAAAAGCGAAACAUAUUCUUGGCUUCGCGGUGACCGGCAACAAAUGCAGAAAAUUCGAAAACAAUUGGGAUCUUCGCUUGUUCGUUUGGACUGCUUGCUAAAAGAGUAAAAGUUAUGUAUGAUUGGUCAUGCGAGCAGUGAUGAGCGCUACCAAUCAAUGUAAAUAUUACCAGCCAAUGUCCGAGCAAGUGCACACUUAAAGGAUUAGUGUCACACCAGGAAUUCGCGGGCUCAAACUCCUGCUGGCGGCCAUUUUUCGGGACGAAUAGAUUAGAUGAUCUGGAAAGUGUUUACAAUCCGUCAUAUAUUUGAACCAUCCUUUUAUAAUCCUUGCUCUUUUUGUCUGAUUUUUAUCAGAAAUGUACCAAACAAGGUAUUUUUUCGCUAUUUGUUGUAUUUGAGUAAAAUGUAAACAAUAACAAAAGCCCGCAAUGCAUGACCCUGACACUAAUCCUUUAAGUGGACCCAAACGAAAUUGUUAUACUCACUCAACAUUGUCGUAAAGAUAAAAGUUUUAGUGAUUUUUACACCCGCCAUUUGAAUUUAAUUAUAUUUGCCUCAUUAUGAAAAUUUGGGUUAGGUGAGCUACGAUUAGGAUACGAUUAAGGUUUUGAUGGAUGGAAUUUAAUGAAAACUAGACCGUGCGGCUGAGCGUGCAAUGGAACGCGUUACAUUACACGCUGAAAUUAAAUGAUCAGAAUUUAAUGAGGUGUUGUAUAAUAAGAAUUGUUUUAUGAUUUUCUUUCUAGGCUGACCAAUCUCACAACGAGCUGAAUACUGAACGAUCCAACGCUCAGAGGAUUGAGAAUCAACGUACAUCCUUGGAACGACAGGUAAUAUAAAGUACUUAAAAUGUUGUCGUCGUCCUCUUUGCCGUAAUUCCUUUAUAGUUGAAUAAGUUGAUGAUCGAUUGACCGACUGAGUGUGAGUGUCCGCCCGCCCCGUCGACCAACCGUUCAACGAUGGAUGGACGGGAUUCCUGCUUGCCGACCGACCAUUCGAUGGCGGACGAACUGACUGACGGACCGACAGUGACUGAUGGACGGAAUAACGACCGACAUAAGGCUCUCGACAGAAUGACCGACAGGCUGAUGGUCCGACCGACCAACUAUGGACUGAUGGACGGCUUGAUCGACCAAUCUACCGACCGAAUGACCAACCGACUGGCUGUUUGACCGACCGACAACGGACGGAUGGACCGACUGGCCAACCGACUGACCGAUAGCGGACGGACGACUGACAGACCGACUAAGUGACUAACCAUCGGCGGAUGAACUGACUGAGCGACCAGUUGUGACCGACGGACAUACCAAGCAAACGACCGUUGGACGGACAGAGUGACGACUGACUGACAUAUUCAAAUUAAAUUUUAGAACAAAGAACUUAAGACGAAACUUCAAGAAUUAGAAACCGAACUAAGAUCAAAGACGCGAGGAGUUAUUAGCAACUUGGAAACAAAGGUCGCUACACUGGAGGAACAACUGAAUGUCGAGACAUCGUAAGUCUUUAUAAACAUUGUUUGUGGCGACAGCCUUACUCGGUUAUCUCUAAAGCUCGGAUCAGGAUGAGAGGAUGAGUAUGCAGGAGAGUUGAUAGUCACGUGACCUUCAUUAGCUGUUCUUAAAUCAUGUUUUCCCAACACUAUCACGUAUUCUACCGGUAUUUAAGUUGAAACGUAGUUGCAGGAAACACUCAUCAAUCCUUUAUUUUGUUAAUCUAGAGCUUGAAAUGUCCCCUGUAAGGAUUCGUGACUGCCAACUCUCAUGCACUCUUAUUCUCUGUUGCUCAGUUGACUUAGCUCAGUUGAUAUGCCUAGCAAUGAAAAUCGGCAUUUUAAACGAUAGUUUACUGUAAUGUCUCGCGUUUUGUCCAUGUAGUGAUCGCGCGGGCUUGGCCAAGGCAUUGAGAAAGUCCGACAAGAAAGUCAGGGAAGUCUCACUGCAAUUUGAAGAAGAAAGAAGACAUGCAGAUCAGUAUAAAGAACAGGUAUAUUAAAGCUCACAUUAUUUAAAGGCAGCCGUAGUUUGUGCUGGAACUUCCUGAGAACAUGGCCGGGGCCCGGACAAAAACUUUUCCAGGUGGGCCCUAUGACGUCAAAAUUGUAAAACGGGAGAAAAGGUGUUGCAAUACAAUAUAUUUAAUUAUUGAAUGAGGUUGAGCAUUAUAUGAAGAAUUAUUACCGUACAUUACGCCAUUAUGAUGCAGCAAAGUACAUUGAUUGUACUUAUGUUACAUGUCUCAUUCUUACAUUAACCAUAUCUCUUAGUAUGACAAGACAAGUCAGAAACUCCGACAGACCAAACGACAGUUGGACGACACUGAGGAAGAAUUGCAACAAGCCAAUGCGUCUAAACGACGAGUACAACGUGAACUUGAUGAUCAGAAUGAACAGCAGGAACAAUUACAACGGGAAAUUACUACACUCAAGAGCCGCUUAAGGUAAGUGUGACGUUCAAGUCUUUAGUGGAAGAGUCUGUUGCAUUAUGUGGGUCCAUUGCGGCAUAUAUCAAGAUAUGAUGCUCUGGAAGCUGCGCAUAAGUCAUUGUGUUAUGUUUUUGUCUGAAUGUGAAUUUAUGUACGGUCACCGGUGAUUGGGCUUCAAAAGGGAUAGCUGGGAUGAAACGUGCAACCAGGAUGAAUAAUAUUUAAUGCAGUUGAGGCAAAGGAUUUGUGCACGGUGAGGUACAGUUCAACACCAAUCAAAGGCCUUGUAUUUUGUGGCUUUGAAGUUUGCCUGACUUUUGACAGACCAUCGAUCAUAUCUUGACAGACCAUCGAUCAUAUCUUGACAGACCGAUCGAUCAUAUCUUGACAGACCAUCGAUCAUAUCUUGACAGACCGAAGGGAGACCCUUGGGGAUCUAUUUGUACACAUAGUCGUACUGGAUCGUGUACAGACAAAUUUGGCGAAUGUUGUUUACAACUUCAGAUAACUCGCAUGCCUUGUUACUAUUGUUGUAGUUUACAGAAACAUAGAAUAGAACAAAAGUAACUAAGCUUUAGGAUUAUCUAAAUUAUCUUUGUUAUCUUUUUUCUAUUUAUGCUUCUGUAAACUAGAACAAUAUAGUAACUAGGAAUGCCAUUAUUAUACAUUGUUGUCACUGUGUGCUUCUGAUUGGCCAAUAGCUCACAGCUAAAUAUGGAAAUCACGCAACCUACAUUGCAUAUAUAACUCAGUUAUCUGCUAGCAGAUAACUGAGUUACGUGUAGGUUGAGCCCGUAUAGUAUGUAAUUUUAUAGCAAGCGGCAGUUUGAAACGAAAACAACAUUUAAGAACGGCGUUUUCGUGAAUGUUUUGUGCAAAAAGCAGACCUUUUUGACAUUUUUAUCGAAACUUUAGUAUAGAUAAAUACGAUUUCGAAUAUUUUUAUGUUGUUAGUGUGAUAUUUUAAAUCAUUUUCACAGCUUUUGUUCGACAAAUCGUUGUUUGUCAAAAAAGUUGAUGAAAAUGUAUAACAAAAACGGUUUUGAAUUCGGUUAUCCAAAUUAUCAAGUUCUCAGUGUAGCCUUCGGCUCUUUUGAUAUCACUCUAUAUCAAACCUUAUCCAAAUAACUGUCUAUUUAAAUGUAGAUUCACACUGCUUUAAAGGGAUAAGGCAAUAUAUAUAAGAACUUUUGAAAUUGAAAGAACUUUUAAAAUUAUGUGCAAAAUCUCCUUUACCGCUUAUUUGCAUCUAUAGUUUUUGAAAUAUUUUCACUUAAAAUAAUUAGCUAUCCGCCAUCUUGGAUACAUUUUUAUCUCAUCAGUGAUUUUAGUGACGUCAAAAGCAGGGUUAGCCAUAUAAAACUACAUCUAAAUUACCAGUAUGUCAAAAUAUCUCAAGAAAUAAUAAAGCUAUACGCAAAAUCGGUAAAGGAGAUUCACAUAUAAUUUUAAAAGUUCUCCAGAUGAAAUAAUAAAAAAAUAUGUUGCCAUGGCCCUUUAAUGCAAGCAAGUGUCAGCUUUUUACCUCUGAGCUCAAUUUGAUUCAUUAUUGUUCUAAAGGGCUCGUGGUGGUGGUGGAGGUGGUAGAAGUGGCUAUGACACACCGCCAAGCCGUUCAAGUCGACUUCGCGAAGGCUCUCAGGACGCUGGCCAAGACGCUGACGCUCCAGCAGCCGAUGAAUAAUGUAACAUUCCUGUCCAUAGAAAGAAUUAAUCACCGAUGAAAUGUGAUCAAUGUUGGGCUUGGUUUUCAACACAAGAAUAAUAUUCUAAAGAGUCUGCAUAUAUUUGGGAAUUUUCUGCCAUAGUUAGGUUUUAUUUUUUUCUUAAUUUAUAGUAUUGUCUUUAUAUUAUCAUUUAGUAUGGAAAAAUACUCUAGGAUUUACACUGGUUGACCCUCAAUGGUUAAUAAGUAGGUUAAAUUUUCGUGUUGUUUCUGUUUGUCUUGUGUGUAAUUCUGAUGCAUGCUUAAAAUUGGUGGCUUGUUACACCAAAAUUGAAUCAAAUAAACAAUUUAUAUAUUUUCUAUGUUC